UGGGGGGGAGGUGGGGGCGGGGCGGGGCGGCCGGGACCCCCCAUUCGGGCGGGCGGCGCGGGCCGGAGCGGAGCAUGGCGGGCGGGGGCUGGUGGUGGCUGGCGGCGCUGUGGCUGGCGGGGGCCGAGCCGGCGGGCGAGGGGGGGCCGGGCCGGCGACCCCCCCACGACCACGCGCGCGGCUUCGCCUACGACCACGAGGCCUUUCUGGGCGCCGAGGGGGCCCGCGAGUUCGAGGCGCUGCCGCCCGCCGAGAGCCGCCGCCGCCUCGGGCUGCUGGCGGGGCUCAUGGACGGCGACGGCGACGGGGCGGUGACGGCGGCCGAGCUGGGGGCCUGGCUGAGGCGGCGGCGGCAGCGGGGCCUGGCCGAGAGCCUGAGCAGGGGCCGGGCCCGCUGGGACGGCGACGGCGACGGAGCCCUGGCCUGGCCCGAGUACCGCCGGCAGGCCUACGGCCACGACGAGGACUUUGGGGACGUGGCGGACGCGGCCAAGUACCGGCGCUUGGUGGCCCGCGACGAGCGGCGCUUCCGGGCGGCCGACGGCGACGGCGACGGGACGGUGACGGGCGACGAACUCGCCGCCUUCCUGCAGCCCGAGGAGUUCGAGCACAUGCGGCUGGUGGUGGCGGCGGAGACCCUCGAGGACAUGGACAAGGACGGCGACGGCUACGUGCAGGUGGACGAGUACAUCGGCGACAUGUACGCGGGGGAGCCGGGGGCGCCGGAGCCGAGCUGGGUGCAGACGGAGCGGGAGCAGUUCGGGCUCUUCCGCGACCUGGACGGCGACGGGCGCCUGGACGCGGCCGAAAUCGCUCACUGGCUGCGGCCGCCGGCCGCCGACCCGGCCCAGGCCGAGGCCCAGCACCUGCUGCACGAGGCCGACGCCGACCAGGACGGGCAGCUGACCAAGGAGGAGAUUUUGGGCAAGUGGAACCUGUUUGUGGGCAGCCAGGCGACGAGCUACGGCGAGGACCUCACGCGCCCCCACGACGAGCUCUGAGCCGGACGCCGGGGCCCCUCGGACGCCUGGGCCCCUCCCGGACGCCUGGGCCCCUCCUGGGACGCCUGGGCCCCGCCGACGCACGGCAGCGCAAUAAAGAGCCGGGGCCGCGUCUCCCCCCACCUCCA